AUGUUUUUAAAACGUCCGGUCAAUAAUAGACUUUUGUUUCGACAAUUACGCCCUGCUAGUAGUUUACUUGCAAGAACUGGUACUGUGAGGACAUAUUCUGCUGGGCAGAAAAAGGCGCCAAAUGGAGAUGAUUUGCCUAGCUUCACGAAAAUAGCUUUAGUAGGGGUUGUUGGUACCAUUAUUUUUGUCGAAGCAGUGAAAUCGCUCGACAAAAACCAGCCCAAAACCUCAUACUCGGUAUCGGAAUACGAUCAAAUCAUGCAGGGCACGAAGCGCCGGAAAUUGAUGUUUGAACCGGGCCAAUUGCACAUUGUGUUGGCAACACCAGAUCUCUCAGCAAGUCUGGUGCAGAAAAAAGCUGAGGGUGGAGCCUCAAUAGUGGACGUACAGGAAGUCGUGGAUCAUUAUAGACAUCAGCCUAACGAUAAGUAUUAUGCGCUUUUGAACGAUCUUCAGGAUACCCACGGCACCGGCUACCAGGAGCAUCUGCCGCGUGGUUUAAAGGUGAUGCUUGUUGGACGCUACCUCCAGGAAAUUUGUAAAGAGGGCGACAGCGUGGUAGUGACCAAUUUCCCACUCAAUAUGCAGGAUGCUAUCAAAUUCGAGAACGAAAUUAGCGUCAUCGACAAAGCUCUGUUCACAAAAGCUCACGCGGACUCUGAACUGAGCAAGUAUUACCAGACAGUGAACAAGGUAGAAGUCCUUGAAUGA